AUGGCACCCAAUGGAGCGACGGCGCGGAAGACGCCCGCUCCACCAAAGCCCAUAAAGACGGAGCAGAGCGAUGGCAUAUCGCUUGGGAGCCUCUUCGACGACCUUGAGAACACGCAACCGGACGUCAAGGAUGAUGUCCGCACGGCACUCCCUGUGCUGGACAAGCCGGGAAGCUGGGAAAGCAAAGUCGUUGGAGCGACCGUAGGCAAGAAGCGCAACGAUGCCGCCGACCGCUCUGGGUCUCCACCCUUCAACAAGAUCCCGGCCAACCUCGCCAAAGCCUUCCCCAGCGGCAAACUCAUGGCGGAUCGUCCUGACGUGCUCAAGUGCACGCACUGCAAGCGACCCGUACUGAAGCACGCCAUGGCCGGACACGUUGAGCGCUGUCUCAACAAGAAGCAGGAGAAGCAGCGCAAGAAGAAAGAAGCGAAGGAUGCUCGUGACGCUGCUGCGCGUAAGGAGCGAGGCGGGGGCGACAGUGACGCCGAGGGCGAGGAAGACGGUGCGGGUAAAGGCAAGACGGCCGCUGGAAAAGGAGAAGGGCUUGUUGCCAGCAAGAAGCGCAAAGCCGUCGAUGAAGCCGAAGAAGGUGUGGGAGGCUCGACGAAGAAGAAAAAGAAGAAGGAACAGGAGAAAGCGAAGGCGCCGCGACCGAAAGCUCCGGUGGACGUGGAGAAGCAGUGCGGCGUCGAGCUGCCUCAGGGUGGACAGUGCGCACGGAGUUUGACUUGCAAGAGCCAUAGUAUGGGCGCGAAGCGUGCAGUUCCAGGCAGAAGCGCGCCGUACGACAAGCUCCUCAUGGAGUACCAACGGAAGAAUCAAGCGAAAUUGCAAAAGGCGGCUUUCGAUGCCAACGCUCCGGACCCGGACGACGACAGUUUGCCUACGGGGCCUAUCGAUUCCGAUGAGGAGAAAGACGCCAUCAUGGCUGCUAUUGGUCGUUCAUGGGGCGGCGCGCCGCUGUACGAGCCUCAACCCGUCCCUCUACGCAGAAAGUACGAAAUCAAUCGUUUCAGGAGUAUGCUGGCCUCCGCAAUGGGCACGCGCACUGGUGGCGGCAUCUUGGGCGGUGGCGGUGCCGUCGGCGGUGGGAACUUCUUCACGGGUAUGGCUGCUCCACCUUCCUCCGCGCCUAAUGUGGAUGCGGACGGCGUGGGGCAUGCGAGGAGGCCGAGUGUGGUGCCGGGGGCGAGGAGUAUGAUGGCACCGACUGCGAGCAGUCGGAAGGGAAGCGUGGCUGUCGCUACCUGA